AUGAAUGGUAGAGCGGUGGUAUCUCGUUCCGACAAGGUGUCCGCCACAUCAGCAGCUACUCCUACAGGUUCACGGACUUACAUCGCAUCGUCGCCCGGAGUCUUAAGUCCAACCAGCCCGAGACCAGCUGAGACUAUUGAGAAGGACACUGACUCGUGGAAUGCAGUGAGCAGCGGUAGUGGACUCGCGUAUUCGAUUAAGACAUUCGGGCGGAAGAAGCUUGUUCCUGACCGGCUUCAUCCUCUCGGUGGCGAAUCUCCACGUCGUCACCGUCAUCUGCACAAACAGCGCCAUUUAUCUGUCGCUCCGGCAUCAGGGUUUAGCCCUUACUUACCCCGUGUUACAAAUGGAGCUCUUCCUGAAGAUUCGGACGAUGAAGUGAUCCAGUUGAGGCGCCUUAAUGCACAUUUAUCGUCGAGCGAGAUAGUGGAAGAGUGGAUUCGAUCGUACCAGCUCGAGCGCGGGAACUUUGCUUCAUUUGCUGUAUUUACCGAGGUCAAGCUGGAUGAGGUACAGGAAACGUACGUUGAGCAGGUUGGAAGGCCAAAUGCAGUGGAGGCAGCAGCCUGUUGUGCAACGUUAUUGAAGAUGCCAGGGAUCGUUGGAUGCUACAAGGCACUGCUGGAGAAGAUGUCGGCAGGGAUACAAGCUGCCAUCUACCUCCCUGAAGCUUCGCUCUCAUCCGUCUCGGCAGAUUCAACGUCACCGGAUGCGAUGGCUUCUCUUGUACAGAGUUUCUACUCUCGGACUCCGUACUUUGAACGAGUUCGUGAACUGGAGAAGUAUCUCCAUACUAGUCGAAGUAUCAUGGAUCCGAACGUGCUGAAAGGUGUGACUAUCGACGACGUCGCUCGGAUCUUCCAGUAUGUUCCUUUUGCUCACGUUCAGACAGGCCUGGUGAGGGUAUAUGCGACCAAUCCAGCAAUGUUAGACCAACUUAUUAUGACUCUGCAGGAUCAACGAGGGCUGCUUUUACGUAGUCGAAGAGAUGAUAAGAGUGUGGAUGAUCCAGACUAUCCUGUACACGUACCACUUGUCACGAGUGCCCAGAUCUGUCGAGCUAUCACUCACAACGCGGCGACUUUCAGCUCCAGUGGUCGAGAUAUGAUCCUCUGCGCCAUCGUGGACUUGAUAGACCCGAAUUCAUUCCGUGACGUGUAUCAACAUUUCGAUACUCAUGGGAAAAUGUGUGUUCUACACCAUUUGAGCGUCAUAGAGGGAAUGGAUCAGUUGGAAUUGGUUGUUGACGCCUUGCCAAAUGCUGGUGAGUCGCUCUUUCGAUUAUACCUCGCCACAUGCUCAGGACAAGUGGGAGAUCUACCGAACGGCAGAGGAUUUGGAAGUGAGCCCAGCCGCAAAGAUAUGUUCUUCUCGAAGUUAUUGGCCACGGAUAUGGAGUUUUUCUUUAUAAGUGAUCUAGCUGGUUACUUAUCGGAGGCGCAGUGGCACUUAUUGUCGAAGGAGUUUGAGAAAAACGAGAAUGGACGCAAGGCUCGGAAGCAGUGUCGGGCCAGUAUCAAGACAACAGAGUUGAAUAGUGAGAGUGCAGACACAAACGAUGGACACUCCUUGUUGUCUGCUUCUGCAUCAACUGAACGCUUCCAGAUGAUCAUGAUGAACUACAUGCGUCACCAGAAUUUGUCCAGUGCCCAAGUGCUGCAACUAGUGGCAAAUACAUUCCUCUCGAUGCUGGAGAAAAAGGAGUUCAGUCAACUGUUCGAUAAAUGCUGGGCGCAGUUUCCUCUCGACAGUCAGUGGUCCAAGGCUUUAGCGGUGGUAAGCGAACUUGAAAGUGGCAGUUCAUCAGCAUUUGAUGUAAAUCAUGAGCAUAUUGCAGCCAUCCGCUUGAAGAUGUUAAAGAAAAUCUUCUUGAUGUUGACACGAGAGGAGAGAGCUACGUGGAUGGACCGAAUCAACGCGAAAUAUCCGACUGAGAGCUUCAAGAGGAAGAUCCAAGAUCUUAAAGAUGCUGCUACCGCCGCGUUGAACACGCCACCGGAUUUAAGUGAUCCCUCGACACAUAUCGCUCGUAUGAAAGCAGACCUGAAGAUGCGGUGGCUGGAAGCUAUUAUGGAUUGUCUACUGAACGAUACAGAGAGCUCAGAGAGGUUGACUGCGCUCAAGCAGGCUCUACUACCAUUUGCAGACGGAAAGAUGCCACCGCCGCCUGAGCCUCCGCUACUGGUUAAGCCGACGAUCGCAUCGGUUGAGGAGAUGCUGGAUCAGCUAAGUGCUGCUGAUAGAGCUGCAUUGCUGGCAAAGCUGGCCCCGCCAGUAGAAAACGCUCCCUCGAAAUCGGUAAUGGUUGAUCAUGCUACUUCACCAGUCAAAGAAUUCCUACAACCAAGUGUUCAAGCGGAGACGAGUACCUUUAAGAAACACGAAGUAUACGCGAGCCCUGACAUCCAGAAGGCAUUGACGGAACUUCUUUAUAGGCGAUCUGAAUCACAAGUGCUAGAGAUCCUCCAACACGCACUCGAAGAAGAAAGCAGUGACGCUAACGUUGAGACUGUGGAAACUACUGGAGGUGGUCAAGCAGAACAAGCGUUAACCCCCAGCUUGUCGCGAAGACUAAAGCGGAGACUCACAGCUGUAAAUGCUGUCGCUGAGCCGAUUCAAUGGCACGAGUACGUCAAAGUCGGGUGCCUCGACGUUGGCUGUCAAACGUACUUUGAAAUCGAACAGGAAUCUGACGAUACCGUUAGUCCGCUUGGGCUUGGACUCCGUCAAAGUAUUAUCUCGGAUCGUGAAACAUCUCGAGCAUCGAUAUCUCCACUUAAAACUACACUUGUAGUGCCAUUAACAUUGAACGCGCUGCUGGGUAAGAGCGCAACAGGAACUGGUGGGAAAGGUAAGAAGGAAAGAUACCAAAAGAUCAACAGCGUGGCUGUACCUCGAGCCAUUUCUGGGCUCAUCACGUCGUGGCGCAUGAACACGGAUCAACUCACCCAGUUCGCGAAAAAAUCUCUCGCGAAUGUCCUCAAGAUAAUUGGAGAUGCAUACAGUGAGGUGCUGACUGCUACGAAGCGUAAGGCACAGCAACAACGACUGCUCUAUGCAACUCCACGUGGCAGCGGUCGGAUGUUAACUCUCUCACAGAUCGUGUACCAGUCGUUCCUUCACAGCUACGGACUUCCAUCGAUCGCGGACAUGCACUUGUUAGCGUUCUCGUGUGCGAUAGAGGUCUAUCGUACUCAACAUCUUCGUGUCGAGUACUUUGCAAGGUUUUGUUUUGAAGAGGUACCCAAGUCUGAGCUGACGAACUACUUGGAGUUUCUCGAAUGCAUCGUGUCGGAUGAUUUAGCAGGAACAACGAUGAUGUCGAGUCAUCGUCCAGUUACGCCCACCUCUUCCAGUGGUAACACUGCAAAUUCACGUAGCAUGACUCAGCCAGUAGCCUCGAAGCGGUCGCGUUUUGUGCCUCGACUUAACGUUCCAGACAAGGAGAACUGGCUGGUCUCUCUUGAUCGAGCGCAGGAGAUCGCUCAGUUGUGCUUUCGUGAUAUGCGGAAGACAGCGGUGACUGCCUUUUGCGAGAAUUUGGCGACGAUCGCAGCUCAGGGAAACUCAACGGCGAUUUUGCCACCUCCUGCUUCAGUGUUGCCAAUAGCUGAGACUACAGGCAGCGGCGACCAGGUCUUAAAUGUUGAUCAUUUACUCCAACUAGUGGUGGCUGAGUGGAAACUGGAGCAGAUUCGUCGUGAGCGCCAUCUACUCGAUGCAUUCCGUGCAGGAGACGUGAAUGGCGACGGACAGUUAACGUCAGCUGAGUUCACGCAGAUCGUGCUGUCCAUCGAUGCGUCUCGUGAUAUGGGUGACAUUCUACUCAUGUACAGUGAUACAUUACGCCGUACCGAGUGCGAUCAGAUAAACCCCGAGAUAUUCCUACAAGUCGCGCGUGAACAUGAACUGGAUCGAGUGGUGUGGCAGGGUGACGGAGACUUGUUCGGGGUAGUAAAUGAAGUGACGGACAUGGAAGCGACGUGGGCUCACGUGCGAGGCUUCUUUGUGGGGACACUGGAGGCUUUGUCUCGAGAUUUACCAUCCACGCACUUCCUUCGUGUGUGCGAAGGCGCUGGAUGCGGCUGUCUCAAGUGUCUGCUGGAUGGUUACGUCGGCUUCCAGAAGAUGCGCCGCGAGUUUGCACUCACGCAGCAUCAGCAAAGACACUCUGGCAAUCUAGGUCGUCGGAAGUCAAGCGUUGGAGUGUCAUCUCAGCUCGUAUGGGCUCGCUUCUGGCAUUUGAUGCGGCAAUUACAUGAUGCUGCAGCUGAGAGUGACGGGAUCGUGACCCCAUGGAACGGCGUAAAAUACACCCGAGAGCAACCAGUGCUAGCACUUGCUCCAAGAUCUAACAGCCGUCGACGAGACUCAUUGCCAAACUUCUUGUUCCCUGACACCGCGCGAAUAACCGCAAAGAUGAGCCACGUUCACGACCCAGAAGUUUUUGACGCCCCGACAAUCCACGCGCAGUUCGAACAUCUAUUGAAUACUGUGUCCGCCAAAGACUCAGAAUCCACACCACGCUCGUUGUAA